GUUUGUUUCUCCUGUCGUGCCACAACUUUUCCCUCCGUCGCAAAAUACGGUCUGAGCAGCUCGCCAAAAAAAGACUCUAGAAUGGUUACCGAAGCACAGCUUAAGCCCUGGCUGCGGCCAGCUCUCAAGAGCUACAUCCUGACCAAUGCCAACGUCGUCGACGUGACCAACGGCUCCAUUCGCAAAGGGGCAACUGUCAAGAUCAAGGACGGCCUCAUCAUCUCGGUUGAAGAUACCCCCGACACCCUCUCCCAUGCCCAGAAUGAGGGAUCCGAGAUCAUCGAUUGCAAGGGCAAAUUCCUGAGUCCGGGGCUCAUUGACUCGCACGUCCACAUUAUGGCCGUCCCGGGCUUUGGGGAUCUCUCCAAGGCGUUUGGAAACCCCAACGAUGUAUCGGUGCUCCGUCAGCCGUACGUCUGCGCGCAAAUGCUAUACCGGGGUUUCACGACAGUGCGGGACUGUGGCGGCGCACUUCUGGCGCUGAAGGAGGCCAUCGAGGACGGUGUGUUCCCGGGCCCUCGGCUCUUCAUCGCAGGCCAUGCGCUCUCCCAGUCCGGGGGACAUGCAGACUACCGUGGGCCUCACGACGAUAGCAUGUGCUGCGGCGGCACCACCACUGGCUUGGGCAGGAUAGCAAAUGGGAUCCGGACCGGGGCGGACUUUAUCAAGAUUAUGGGUUCGGGUGGGGUGUCGAGUCCGACAGACAAGAUCGACCAUCUCCAGUUCACGGGGUCCGAGAUCAGAGCCAUGGUGGAAUGUGCUGCGAAUGCAGGGACAUACGUGACCGCACAUGCCUAUACGGCCCAGGCGAUACGACACUGCAUCGAGAAUGGUGCCAGGGGUAUCGAGCACGGCAACUUCAUCGAUGAGCCAACGGCUAAGUUGAUGGCGGAGAAAGGCUGUUUCUUGACACCGACCCUCGUAACGUAUGCUGAGAUGGCAUCGCCCAAGUGGAAAGGGUACCUGCCUCCAGAGUCUGUCUCGAAGAACGAAGCAGUGUUGCAAGCCGGCCUGCAGGCAUUAAAGACUGCCUCAGAUGCUGGCGUGACUAUCUGCUACGGGACGGACUUGCUUGGCCCCCUCGGAACGGCGCAAACAUAUGAAUUCUCCUUGAGAUCACGAGUCUUGUCACCACUGGCCGUGCUGCAGAGCGCGACCAUCAACCCUGCUCGUCUGAUCAAACGGGAAAAAUCACUGGGGCAGAUCAAGCCCGGGUUUGAGGCAGAUAUUUUGAUCCUUGAUUCCAACCCCCUGGAUGAUGUUACAAUCUUUGAUGAUCCUGAGAAGAACGUCCUGGCCGUGAUCAAGGAGGGUAGGAUACAAAAGAGCAGGUGGGAGGCUUUCAUAGAGGAUGCGAUUUCACCAGUGCGAAUCAAGCCAUCCAUAUAA